UCAAAUCUUAGGAGAUCAGCUGGACGCAUGCGUUAUCGGUUUCAUAAUCCCAACAUCAACUUCCUUCCAGUUGCGACAAAUAUAUGUUGCUUGCGGAUCAUAGUUCUGUUCCUGCCGUCAUGAACGCUCAGUUCAUAUAAACUAGAAUUAGUGCCUCGACUUCUCUUUCUUGCUCUUGCUCUUGCUCCCUAUGCCCAAGGCAGCAGCAUCGUUGGCUCGCGGCUCUGCCUGCCUUUGUUGUCGGAAGCGGAAACUGAAAUGCGACGGGGGGCGCCCAGUAUGCCGUCAAUGUACGAAGAUGAAUCGGGCGGAGGAGUGCGAAUACGAUGAUAUGACUGUUAAGAGCAGGACGCAAAAGCUGCAAGAGAAGUUGACCAUGCUGGAGACCAGACUUCGUGAGCUCGAGUCCGAACCGUCGCGUUCAUCGCAGUCAUCAAGCGCCGAGACGUCACCAGAGGCGGGGCCAUCAACGAGUCCACCAAGUGCUGUUCUCGCACCGUUUGCCCCCGCAGCCAUCACUGAUGCAGAUCCUUCCUCCCUACCAACCACAUUUCAAGACUUCAGCGCAUUCGAUCCAUCGUGGUCUACGAAUUCACCGUCAUCGUCGUCAAGCUCAGUCGAACUCGCUGCUUUUCCCGGGGUGUUCGGAGAAGGGUCAACAGACCACCUGUGGCCUUCCGUAACAGCGUCUUCGUCUCAGGUUGCGCCUUUCCUUGAGGGGAACGAUACUCUAGGAUCAGGAUUCGAGAUCAACCCUGGGAUGUACCCCGUGUCAACACAUGCAGAUCCAAACUUUAGCGCGUCCUUCUUCCCCCAAUGGGAUCCCAAAACACCCUUGCCGAACGAGCAUAGGACGAUUCUAAUGAAUAUAUUUCUUCUCCACCGGCAUCAGUUCUCGUUCGAAGGAGACAUUUCGAGAUUUGAUGAUUCCGUACCGGCCAACCUGUUCCGUCCCGAACCUCAUCCUGCUCUCUUGAGUGCCAUCUACCUCCUUGGAUGCCAUUUCGCACGUUCUCCCUACUAUUCUGGGUUAGAACCUAUAUUUUUCAACAAGGCGCUAAGCGAAAUCACCUUGGCUCUCGACAGCUCCGAUCGCCUCGUCGACAUUAUCGAGACCUCGUGUCUUCUUGCCGUAUAUCUAUACAUCAAUUCCCGUUUUCUCGAGGGCUACUGUCACGCUUUCGCUGCCGCACGUCUCGCCGUGGGUAUCGGGCUGCAUCAGAUUACGUCGGAGCCGUAUGACUCGAACACAUCUUCGCAACAAGCGACUGUUUCCACAAUUCCUUUGCCCGCUCCUCGGUCCCAGGAGGAGAUGCGUGACAGGAUAGCAGCAUUUUGGCAGGUGUUCAUUGUGGAUAGGUGUUGGACAAUUGCAAAUGGUCUUCCGUUGGCAUUACCCGAUGGUGACAGUCAUAAUUCGCGUAUUAAAACACCAUGGCCAACGCCUCCCGAGGCCGGAAUUGACCCUUCGACUUACAUCCCACUUCUUCGCGCCAAAGCAGUGGCUCUUCUAGAAAGGGCAAGUCGCAUUGCAUCCAUCUCCAAUAAGAACGACGAUUAUUGGGCCAAUUACAAUGCCGCUGAAAUUGCAUUAAAACGAUUAUCGGCCUCGUUGCCUGCCUUCCUUGGCUUCGAACCCUGGCGGAUGCAGGCACCGUUUAUAGACGUUGACUUGUUCGCCAUCCACAGUGCGGUCCACGGGGCGAUGAUACAUCUCUAUAGGGAUGUCAAUGAAGGGGAGACACAGAAGGGUAUGAGGACGAUUCUGUCUCUCAUACGCCAGCUGAACAAUGACGACUAUGAAUUCCUGGAGCCGACCCUUUGCGCUACAUGGACCUGUGUCGCCAAGGAAUACAUGCGAUUCAUCCACAUAGCGAACCAGAACCCUGGUGGAUCAGAUGCACACAGUGUUUCUAUCGCAGAGCAAGAAAUCGUUGUUCUGAUCAGUGCUAUGAAGAUGCUCAGCGCCUUUUUCCCUAUUGCGGGCGAGCAUGCCAAGAAGAUCGAGCAAGAGCUCCAGCAGACGCAAGGAUCGACUUAGUAGUAAACCGUUUCUCCCGGGUCUGAAACUGACUCGGUUGCUAUCCACUGCAGACUGCGAUGUGGCAUUCUCUCUGGCCGGGCAUACUGGCGACC